AUGCCGAAGUUUGUUCCUCGCCAGCGCAAGCAGAAAAACAAGCAGCGCGACUCCAAGACUGCGCCGGUCGACACCAAUGCGGCCGAAAUAUUACCGACGUCAAAAAAUGACAAGGAAGCCAGACGAGAGAAGCUUAGGGAGCAAUUGAAAGACCAGCACCCAAAGGUCUCGUCGAAGAAGCAGAAGCGCCUGGACAAAUACAUAGAAAAUAAAUUGAAGAAGGAAGAAAACCUCGAACUGUUGAAAAAGCUCGCACAGUCGAAGAUCGAUACAUCGACGCUUCAAAGUUCCAAGGAAUUAGGCAAACGCAAAAGACAUGUCACAGACGACGGUACCGCAGCCGCUGCACCUGUUCGCCCAGAGCCCGUCCUCGAGCCAGAACAAUCCGACAACGACUCGGACGAUUCGCUCCCGCAAUUGAAGUCGCAUCAGUACAGAGUGGAAGAGGCCCCUCAGAAGGCCGAGCCCCCGGCUGUUGGUAGUGGACUGAAGCGUCCUCUCGAACUUGGCCCGGACGGCUUCCCCAUCCUGAAGAAGCGGAAGCGUGCCCUUAAAGCGAAGCCGACCAUCAUACAAAUCCAAGAGCCGGAGUGGGAUGGAUUCGGCUCGGGCGAGGAAAAUAAAAGCGACUCAGAGAGCGAAGAAGAGGAGGGAAAGGAUCAGGAGGAGGGCGGAGAAUCGGACGAACCGUCGGACGGCGCAUCAGAUGAUAGCGAAAGUGGGGGUGGAAGUGGAAGUGAGGAUGAUGAAGACGAUUCUGAAGAUGCAGAGGGAUCCGAGGAUGAAGAGGACGACGAAGAUGAAGACGAUGACGACGAGGAAGACAACCAGCCUCGCCAAUCUUCCUUCAAGGCUUGGGCAAGGCAACAAAUCAACGAGACGGUAGGCUUCAAACCCACGACCGGUCCAAUCGUGUCCGAACAACCACAAGCUUUCAUCCCAGAGUCCAAAAAGCCGGUCAGAAACACCGUCUAUGAGGAAGAGCCGCUGCCGCUAGAGCUCCAGGUGACCCAUGGAGAUCCUAACAGGAAAGCAUUCACUGUUUCGGUUGACCGGACGGAAGAAAUCCAGAAUGCCCGCCUGGGACUUCCGGUCGUGGGAGAAGAACAGAAGAUCAUGGAGGCAAUCCAUAACCAUUCUGCGAUCGUGAUUUGGGGUGCUACUGGUAGUGGUAAGACUACUCAGCUGCCGCAAUUCCUUUUCGAAGCUGGCUAUGGCCAUCCUGAUAGUCCCAACCCCGGGAUGAUUGCCGUGACCCAGCCACGCCGAGUUGCCGCAGUCAGUAUGGCGAAGCGUGUGGGUGACGAACUGGGGCAGUAUUCCGAUCGAGUGUCGUAUCAGAUUCGGUUCGAGAGCAACGUCUCCAGCAAGACGGCGAUCAAAUUCAUGACUGAUGGUAUCCUCAUUCGGGAGAUCGCGGAAGACUUCGCGCUGCGCAAAUAUUCCAUCAUCGUGAUUGAUGAGGCCCACGAACGCAGCGUCAACACGGACAUUCUUAUUGGAAUGGUGAGCCGUAUUGUGGAUCUGCGAAAAGAGAUGGGCAAAGAGAACCCGUCCGUGAAGCCUCUGAAACUCGUCAUCAUGUCUGCCACUCUGCGCAUAUCCGACUUCACCCAGAAUCCGGCUCUCUUCCGUCAGGGACCGCCGCCGCUAGUGCAGGCAGAAGGUCGUCAGUACCCCGUCACAGUGCACUUUGCGCGACGGACCCAUCGCGACUACGUGGAAGAAGCAUUCCGAAAAGUAUCAAGGGGUCAUCGUAAGCUACCCCCGGGUGGCAUGCUGGUGUUCUUGACCGGCCAGAACGAGAUCAGACAGCUUUCGAAGCGUUUGAAGCAGGCCUUCAAACCCACGCAACGUGGCGAAUCCACCCAGGCGAAAGUUCAGAUCUCGGCGAACGAUGCACCUCUAGAAGCAGAGGACUUGGACCUGGGCGACAACGACCUAUCAAACAUCGGCAACGAGGACGAAGAUGAGAGCGAUCUCGAGAUAACCGGCCUGGACGAGCCGGAGGACGACGGUGAAUUUGACUUGGGAGAGGAGGCGAUGAGCUCGUCAACUCGAGUGCACGUGUUACCACUAUACUCCCAACUCCCCACCAAAGAACAGCUGAAGGUGUUUGAGGAGCCCCCAGAAGGCUCGCGACUUAUAGUCCUGGCCACCAACGUCGCCGAAACCAGUCUUACAAUCCCCGGGAUUAAGUACGUCUUUGACUGCGGACGAGCCAAGGAGAAGAAAUACGAUCUGGAGACGGGCGUGCAGAAGUUCCAGGUCGACUGGAUCAGCAAAGCGAGCGCAAACCAAAGAGCAGGACGUGCCGGUCGAACCGGACCCGGCCAUUGCUAUCGGCUCUACUCAUCUGCGGUCUACGAGAACGAAUUUGCGCAAUACACCGACCCCGAAAUUCUGCGGACGCCCAUCGAAGGCGUCGUGCUGCAGAUGAAGGGCAUGGGCCUCCACAAUGUCAUCAACUUCCCGUUCCCCACGCCGCCCAGCCGCCAGGGACUGGCGAAGGCUGAGAAGCUACUCAAGAACCUGGGCGCUCUCACCUCCGAGGGCAAGAUCACCCCCAUCGGUCAGCGCCUCUCCACGUACCCGCUGUCACCACGGUUCGGCAAGAUGCUGCACAUCGGCCACCAGCACGGCUGCAUGCCGUAUGUCAUUGCGCUCGUUGCAGCGUUGGCCGUGGGCGACUUGUUCGUCCCCGAAAAUCAGAUCGACCCGACACCCGCGUCGGCAAAGGACGGCGACGGCGAGAAGGAGGUGUAUACCAACGCAGACCGUCUAGAAGACACCGCGCGCGAACAACGCCACAAGGACUACCACCGCGCCCAUCGCCUGUUCAGCAAGCACGACGACACGUCCGACGCGCUCAAAUACCUGUCCGCGAUCUGCGCGUACGGCUACGCCGCUGAUGGAGACGCCUUCUGCGAGCAGAUGUUCCUGCGCGCCAAGGCGUUCAAAGAAGCCACCCAGCUCCGCAGCCAACUGACAGACAUCGUGCGCGCCAACAACCCGGGCCUCGUUGCCGCCUACCAGCCGCGCCUCCCCGAGCCGACGGAGAAGCAGAUCAAGGCGCUCAAGCAGAUCGUGACGGCGGGAUUCAUCGACAACGUCGCGAUCCGCGCCGAUCUCUCGCCCGUGCCGCCGGAGAUGGAGCGGACGCCCAAGCGGGCCAUCGAUGUGCCGUACAUCACGCUCUUCAAGUCCCGUGAGGGCCCGGCUAGAGAGCUCACCGAGAAGGCCGUCUACGUGCACCCGUCGUCCAUCCUGGCCAGUCUCUCCGCCAAGGAAAUGCCGCAGUACAUCGUCUACUCGCAUCUCCAGCAGUCGUCACCCUCGCUAGUGUCCGGCGAAGUGCCCAAGAUCCGCAUGUUCCCGCUCGUCGUGCCCAGCGGCCUGCAGCUCUCGGCCAUCGCGCAGGGCACCCCGCUCAUCGAAUACGGCAAGCCCAUCGGGAAGAUGGAGCCCAUCGACGGGGUGCCGCCGCGCCGCGCAUGCUGGGUCGUCCCGUCGCUGGUGAGCGAGCCAGGCCGCACCGGCUGGCCUCUCCCAGCCAAGAAAGUCAUCCAGCGCAAGGACGCCAAGGACGGCUGGGUGAUAGAAAAGUUCAGUUCAUAA